GUUGUGAGCGAAAAAUGUUGCUGCUCAAGAAAAAUCUUCUCUGCUGGCUGCUCCUGUCAGCCAUAUUGGUGAAAACGGUUUACUGCGUCCCGACAGCGGCCGUUACCGAAGCGGACGACGACAACGAUUCGGAAUGGGACGAGGACGAAGAAUCGUCCGAGGCGGAUGACGAUGGGCGGGUCUACAAGAAUCCGAGGAAUUCACCCUCGACCGAAUGUCCACGGGACGAGGAACAGGCAACACUGCUGGGUCAAAAGUGUUUGCGCAAAUGUUCGUCGGAUGAGGACUGCAAGAGCAAGAAGAAAAAGUGUCUGUGUGAUGGGGCGUGCGGUAUGUCCUGCAUCAAACCAGAUCGGGAGUGUCCGGAUCUGGCGCAACCCAGUCUAGGGUCGGUAACGUUGUCCGGGAAGCAUUUUGGAUCGCGUGCUACCUACACCUGCCCGCAUGGAUAUCACGUGGUAGGGUUGCAGAGUCGGCUCUGUCAGGCGGACGGAAGUUGGGCGGGAAGUGAGCCGGUUUGCAAGCAGAACAUCUACUGUCUGGAACCACCGACUAUCGAACACGCCAGACACUCCGCCCUCCCGGAACAGGCCACCUUUGAUCUUGACUCAACGGUCCAGUACCACUGCCACACGGGUUAUGCUACAGCCGGUUUUCCUCGAGCCAAGUGUUUGGCCGUUGAUGGACAAGCGAGCUGGUACGGUCCGGAUAUUUCGUGUGAACCACGCUCCUGUGGACAGCCCCCAGAUCCUGCUCAUGGUUGGCAUGCAGGGGAGAGUUACACGUUUGGAGGCAAGGUAACGUACCAUUGCGGUGAAGGGUAUGAGCUGGUUGGACGAGCUGAACGUUACUGUCAAGCUGAUGGAUCGUGGACACCCAAGGAGCUGCCGACCUGUGUUCUGGUAACUUCGGUGCAGUGUCCAUCGCCGGAAAAUCCGAGAAAUGGCAAGGCCAUCUACACGAGCACGUCCUACAACUCCGUGGUUAGUUACGAGUGUCGCUACGGAUAUACGCUUGUGGGCGAAAGUUCCCGUCGAUGUGGUGCUGAUAAGCGAUGGACUGGAACGCUUCCAGCAUGCAAGGAAAUCAACUGUGGUCAUCCAGGAACGCUGUACAACGGUUGGCUGGAAAACAUCGAGAGUGGCACCGGGCUUGGAGCUAGUAUAAUUUUCCGUUGUCAUCCAGAGAUGCUGCUAGUAGGCAACACCUCUUCCGUGUGUCAGAUUGACGGCCGUUGGCGAUACCCGUUGCCGCAGUGCUUGGCACCAUGUGUCGUCCCAUCCAUCUCACAAGGGCAGGUGAUUCCGAUCGAGUUCGACAUAGAUGUGAAUGCCACGACUAUUGUGCCAACUAGCGGUAGUAGCUCGAAAGUGAAGCAUGGAACAGUGCUGGAAGUUAUCUGCGAUGAACACUACGAAUUUCCGUUCUCGUCCUUAUCGCCUCCGACGUGCAACAAUGGAACGUGGAGCGUGAUCCCGCGAUGUGCACCAGCACGGUGUAAGACGAUGCCAAAGCCGCCUAAAUUUGGCAUGGUGUUGGCACCGAAAACGGAACACGGUAUGAGGGCAAGGUUCAAGUGUAAGGAUGGCUAUAAUCUCACCGCACCGGGUGGAAAACCAAUCCCGGAUCCGAACAACUACGUGCUGAUCUGCUCGUUCGGUAACUGGACUGGUGAAAUGCCACAGUGUACGGAGGUGUACUGCCAGUUUCCGGGAUACAUCCCUAACGGGAAGGUGUUGCUGGUAGGCAAUAUGGGAUUGUACGACUAUCGACCGUACGUGCGGAAGGUUAUCAACAAUAAGCAGAUAAUGUACGAGUGUGACAAGGGAUAUGUGAUCGAAACAGGCCCACCGGGGGCGACUUGUAUCGGUGGCAAGUGGAGUCCGACAGAGUUACCGAUCUGUACACCCGGACAGCAUCCUCGGUUGCGUUGGAAUCGUCGACGACGCUCGCUGGAUCUCCGUAUGCGCUUCCACCGAUCAAACCAGCUCAAGCAACAUUAUCGAUAUUUGCGGCGUAAGCUAGAGGAGCAUGACGCCUAUCAGCAGCACGAGAUAGUGAAGCGUUCUGCUACACCGUAUCGCGGACAGACCCCUUCCAAGCGUCACUACACCUUCGAGGACUUUCAACGUUUCCGUGCGAAGCGUAGCAUCGAGGCUAGCCGAAACGCAAUGCUAAGAAGCGCCUUCCGUACGGCGAUGGUACGCGAACGGCGUGAGCUUUCGGAUGUGGAGAAAGCUUACAGCAAGUACUACGAGCGCAUAAAGGCAAAGUAUCGGAAUUAUGUGCAGAAUCUUCUAGGCUUCAACAAGGCAAGAACGAUGCCGACACAUGACGACAUUCACGUGCAGGACGGUCGAUGGCAUUCGUACCCGGAAUCGGAUCCGGUUAGUCGCAACCGUGGCAUGCAGAAUGGGCGCGAAACUGAAACGGGUCAAAUGGUAGGCACGCCUGCUCCAUCACCUGCAACCCGUCGACCACGACCGCACAAGACGAAGCAAGGUAAGGCAAGAAAACCGAAGCUUCCACCACCUAUUACCAUUCCGGACAUAAACGAACAGUCUCGCUAUCGGUUGGAUUUUGUCGAGAGUGCAGAAAACAACCGCACAACGGAUCAUCUGAACGAAAACGAUAUCUACAGCAACUAUUUCCCACCGCCACUGACUGGCCGAUAUCAUACGAGCUGGCAGUUUGCUUCGGAGGUAAUACCAAGCCAUCGAAACGAAGGCAACCAGUAUCGUGCGACGCAGUAUCGUGGACGUAAUCGAACAGAACCACCUUUGGACGAAAAUCCGUACACGCUAAUGGAGAAGCUACAGUCGCAAAUUAUACGACGCAAGCGAGAUACGGCCAGUUCGAUCGAGGAAACGAAACGAGCUCAGAAGGCGAACCGAAAGGCAGCGAAUCAGACCGACGUGGAUAGUAUGGAUCCGGCACGGAAGGUGAAGUUUAAGGGGCCUUGCGAACCGCUGGCUAGUGAACCGUACGCGCAGCUGGAAAUUGUACGUCCGGGCAAGGAUCCGAACGAAACGUUCGGUCCGGGAACGAUUGUGCGGGUUACCUGCACGAAGGGAUACGUGUCGAACAUUGUCAAUCCGAAUGCGACGGCCAAGUGUGUACGAGGGCGUUGGAAACCGACCAAGCCGACGUGUAGCAUGAAGCCUUGUUUUGUACCAUCUACUGAGCACGGCAAGUAUUACGAUGCCUCGGUGGAUCUGACGACUAUUGAUGCAGUGCGACCAACCACUGCUUCCCUGACACCGAUGGAGAUGAUCGAGAACGGGAAGAUGAUCAAUUUCCAGUGUGACCAUGGCUAUAACACACAGGGUCCUUCAAAUUUACGCUGUUGGAACGGUGAGUGGGCUGUCAGUUCCUUGCCAGAGUGUUUACCAGCGCCUUGUGUUCUACCACCAAUCAUGCAUGCAAUGUAUCAGGGAGGAUACCGUGCUGGACUUACCAUCGCUCACGGUAGUUCCGUGAUGAUCCAGUGCGAAAGUGGCAUGGGAAGUGCAUCAUCUGUGCAGAUGGAUUGUGCCCUCGGUUCACUGACACCCGAAACGAUCAACUGUGGAUACAUCUCAUCACGCAAAUCGCGCGAUGAUGACAGCAGCUCAAUCAUCGUGCUCGACGGUAACAAUGUGACCUCGUCCGAGGAUGAAAACGACGGUAGAGAGUGUGGUCCACCGGGCAAGAUCCAUGGCUCGUUGGUUUACAAGAAUGGAGAGCAGAUGGAUGAAAGCAGUGACGAAGGGUUUCCAUCCGGGACGGAGAUAACGUUCGAUUGCAUUGCGUCAAUUACUGGAGAACAGACGACGUGGAAAAUUAUCUGCGAGGAUGGGCAGUGGAUUGGUAGAUCAAUGAAUUGCGAUGACGACGAUCCACUGUUUCAUCGGUUACCGUCCGCAAACGGAUCGUGCAUGUUCCGUAAUAAUGAACCGCACGUGGUUAGCUUCUACAACGAUCUGGAGAUACGGGAGGAUAUCGUGGAGUUUCCACCGGGGACGACAAUCAUCUCAAGAUGUGUUGAUAUCGGAAAGUACGCAAUGAUCGGCACUAGUGUGCGCACAUGCGUCCGUUCGGAGUGGAGCGGUCAAAAACCAUCCUGUUUUGGGUUGAAUCAAGAAAAUGACUAUGCAAUGGAGAAACCUCCAACCAUAUUGAUACGCCACCAGAAUGGACCUAUUGCGCAGAGCAAUGAUGGAAAGUUGAUCGUGUAUCCGGGCACGACCGUACAUCUGGAGUGUCUGUGGAUGCGUCGCUUUGGAAAUCCACGAUGGAAUGUAAGCCACGAUUAUCGCAAGUAUCCGGAAGGCUGGAGCUCGGAUGAGGGUCGUGAUCCACAGUUGGAGUAUCGUAUUAGCAUCAUGCACGCGGUGAAGGAUGACUCUGGUAGCUUCACCUGUGUUACACCUGCACGCCAUACGCAUACGGUUGAGGUGAUCGUGAAGGCAGUUCAUUGUAAUGAAAUACAGGUACGGCGAGGACUCUCCGCAAGCACCGGAGAAACAAUGAUGGGUACACGGGUUCUGUUUUCGUGUACGAACGGUAAUGCACUGAUCGGUACACCGGAGAUCUCCUGUCUACCGAGCGGCAACUGGAGUGCACCGUUACCCGUGUGUGAGAGCGUUGAGUGCGGUGAGGUUCCAAUACAACCGAGCAGCAAUGGGUCAGCACCUCGAGUUGCCAUUUUGUCCAGGGAAGUUGGAGGACGAGCUGCAUUCUCUUGCCCACCGGGUUACGGAUUGAGGGGACCUAGUGAGGCGAUCUGUUUGCCAACGGGUGAAUGGGGUGGUCCUUUCCCAUCGUGCGUCGAGGUACAGUGUUUUCAUCCGGGAGCACCACAGAAUGGUUACGCUCAAGGCACACCACCGUACAGGGCGGGUGAUGUGGUACAGUUCAACUGCAAUCCGGAGUACAUGAUGCAGGGACAACCAAUCAUCGCCUGUCAGGAUAAUGGCCGCUGGUCGGGAGGUUUACCCAAGUGUGUGCAGGCUUGCUCGUAUCCCGGCACCGCCAUCAGUGGCCGAAUGUCGUCGGUGAAGUUCUACUACUCCAUCGGUGAAAGCAUCACGUUCACGUGUGACGCUGGACUGGAGCUACGGGGUGCCAAGAUGCUCAAGUGUCUGAAGAACGGCAAAUGGUCGAACGCAAUUCCGACCUGUGUUAAUCCGGACGCAGUGAAUGUGCGCACUGACGCCAAGGGAGUGUUCAAGCGGGACAAUUAAACGGUUUCGAACCCGUUCGUCAUUACAGGAACGGUACAAACGACC